CUUCAGGUGCCGACUGCUUUUCCAAGAGAACCUCAGUUUACUUUCUCCAACCAAAGUCAGGGAGAACCUUUCCCACUUACGAACCACUCAAGUAUGGGAGAAGGUCAGGUAACAACAUUAUGAGCAGUUUUAACACUUCAAAAAUAUCCCGCAUAUUAUUGAAGUUAUAAAAACCCAGAGAAUAUGGUCCGACAUUUUAACUGUUAAGUGCUGAUGCAGAGAUGUAGCUAAAGUUUUUAACAGGCGGGAAUCUAACAAUGAUAGGCGGGUAUUUGGGUCGAAGGCCCACUCUAGCGUGCCUUUGGCACGCUAUAGCUAGGGGGGUCCGGGGGCAUGCCCUCCCUCCGGGAAAUUUUGAAAAUGCGUACUUUCGGAGAUGCAUUUUCCUUGAUUUUGGGGGCAAAAUCAAGGGCAUUCAGGACAGACUUUUAUCAGGUAACAGGUAAUAAAGUUAUGAUGAACUGGAGUGUUGACUGUUUUUAUUGUUUAUUAAUAUCUAAUUAACUGAAACCCAGAAUGAUAAGUAACAUUUGUUUCAAUUUUAGAACUUAGCGUGUUUCUUUCGGUAGACUCAAAUAAUGUCAUGAUACCAACGGCCUCAGAAUCAUCUUUCUUUUUUUUUCCCGACAUUAUAGAGCAAUAAUAUUUCAACCGUUAGAGACACGCAAUUAUUUGGCAUUCAUUAUUUCGCAUACAAGAACUACAAAUACCGCUAGCCGGCUUCCGGCUAUUAUCUACAUCCCUGUCUGAUAGGUGAGGAGAUAAAUGUACAGAGAGGUUUCCAUCAAAGCUGGUCACAGGUGGUCUACCACCAUACGUAAGACCUCUUCCGUUUGUCUAGCCUGUCUAUGAGUUUUGCCUGAAGCCUCUUUUCUGGGCACAGCGACUGUAACACCAUCAGCAGCCGAUUGUGGUUAAAUAUUUUGAAACACCUGGAAACGUGAUGAGAGUACAGUACUUUGACUGUUUACAUCACAAAGUAUCCAACCAUUGCUAUCCACUGUUGCUAUCUAAAUUAUAUUGUGAUGCAGGGCGUGUGUUCAAAAAUAGCGCUAAAAAUGGACAAGAACAGCUCACAACGAGCCAUAUCUGAGUUGCUUGGGGGCAUCGUUAUAAAAUGUGGGCCUAUUUGCUAUAACCAUAUACUUGCAGAGGUGUUACGUUUCAUAAUAAAGGUAUUUUUCAACCGCUGUUUGCUAUGUGAGGUAAGAAUUGUACUUAGCUCUGUACUUUGGUGCAAUUCCUGUAAUUCUGUGUUUAUUUUCUUUUCCCUUGUGUGCAGGAUUUUCACGCUUUAGUGAGAUACUUAAACCAGUUCCCUCCCGGUGAAUUCCUACCUGCUAUGUCCAAUUUUCACCUCUUAGUUUUUCUGGCAACUUCCAACAUCCUUCCUUUAAAGGUAAUGUUUAUGUGUUGGCUUCGAGCCUGUGAUGAGAUCACAGCUAAUGAAUUGCAACGAGAUGUUUUGUAGCCAAAGUCUGGUUUCAGAGUCAAAUCCAUAAAACAGCAAAGAGAAGCUUUAAAUUCUGUCUUGAAAAACCCCAGAACCACAGCAACUGCAAAGGGCAAGUGGAAAAUACGAACUUCAAGGCAACAAGAUAAGCCAGUAUGAACUGGCGUGAUGAACACAAUGGCAAGCUCUAAGCAUGAGGGGGUUGUGGCUGUAAACCUUAGAGGAUUUUCACCACUCACAACGUAAUUUAACCCUUUACACCCUAACAUCAGUACGCAUAUUCUCCAUACUGUUCUGUACACAUUUCCUAAGUUGCCAACAUGGAGAAUUUGCCCUCAGGAGCUUCUUUAGUCAGUUAUCAGUUCCUUUAUUCUCCUGACCUUAAUGUUUGAUUCAGGCAUGAUAUGGUAAGGAGAAAUUAGAUGCCAGUCACUCUCAGGGGUUCAAGGGUAAAAAAGCCUGAAUCAAUCUGUAGCUCGUAUAACCGAGGGAAAAAUCAAGGCUAGAUUCAAUUACUUCUACUCGCACUUAAUGUACGUUAAGGUUUUCAUGUCUCACUUUUGUUGAUUAUUUGUGUUGUGGCAGGAUCACUUAGGAGAUCUGUGUAUGGCGAUCAGAAACAAAGAUGCUGAAUUGGCUCGUCGCUGGUGUAAAAGUGAACAGUGGUGCACUGUGAUACAGCUUAUGCAAGUAGCAAAUGGUAAAAUGGUUCCCACAAUAUCUUUUUUUCUUUCCUAUUAUUUUCUUUUCAUCUGGUUUUGUUUUUUUUUUUUUUUUUUUUUUGUUUAUUGAAUUCACCCAACCUCCAGAGAGAGGAUCCAUACACUGGUACCGAUUGGUUAAGUUUUUUUUUACUAGUUCAACAACUAUUUUUUUAACAGUACGAUUUUAAUAAAAUUGGGACCAAGCGCCUGCAGUAUAUUCCUUUUUUUGUUGUUUUUAGUAAAAGUAAAUUCCGUAUUGUUAUUUUAGUUUUCCCUUUUAUCAAUUAAGAUAUCAUAUCAGAAAUCUAUGCUUACGGUUAAAAUAUUCCCUCCCCUAGCCCCCUCGCCAGAGCCACGAGGAUCAGGGGACGUGGACAUGUUUGAUAUGUCCCAUCCCCCCCAGUGGUGCAGGCUGGUCGUGCAAGCACUGUACGUUUAUGAACCAACACGGACACGAGAACUGUGA